GUCGGUCCCCUCUCGACAGAUCAAACUUUGGUUCAAGAAAAUCUGCUUACAACGUUGAAAUCACUGUAUUUUAUUACACAAUUCGGCAUAUAUCUAAUGCACUAAGCCGCGUUGUUCUUUGAUAAAUCUCCAAUACCAACGCCUCAAAUUAUUAUAGGAUAUUGAUUUUGUAAUUGCAUCUCCACAGGGUGUUUCCUCUGUCUCUCCCAUGGCAGAUUGAUUUGUGUCCACUGCCUGACACAUCACUGCUCGUAGCCACAUUCACCUCACUGGUCUCUUUCACGGACACGACCGAAAGCCUCUGCUGGAAACUUGAGCUGAGGAAUUGUUGCAUCUUGUUUUGACACCUCUGAUGUUUAGUGAAUUCAGAAACACAAAAGUAAAGUCCUCAAACUUGUGCACAGUUAAGAGGGUUUUUUUUUUUUUUGGUUUUUUUUAAUGGGGAAGACUCUGGGCUCAAAGUCUAGCCAGGUGAACUUUAGACACCACCUGAUAGUGGAAGAAGAACACUGAAACCAAUAAAUAGAGAUAUUGUAAAUAGUUUUAUCCAGUAUUUAAUCCAAGAUACCAAUAGCCCAAUAACCCAAAAUUAGAAAAAAAAAAAAGAUUCAUUUCAAAUAAAAGGAGAAAAAUGCUGUGCCAAUUUGAUGUUCAUGGCCAGAGAGGCCAGGAGGCACAAACUGGGGCCCCUGCACCCGUCUUACAACCUGCUGCAGAUAGUGAAGGACUCUCUGCUGGGGAACCUUCCGGACGACGCCCACGUCCGAGCCUCGGGGAGGCUCAGUGUGUCCCUGACCAGGGUGUCUGAUGGGAAGAACGUACUCGUGUCGGAGUUCGACAGCAGAGAGGAGCUCGUUCAGGCCCUCCUAUGCAGCUGCUUCGUCCCUCUCUACUGCGGCGUUAUUCCACCCACGUACCGAGGAGUGCAUUAUGUGGACGGCGCCGUCAGCGACAACCUGCCUCGAUGUCACCUGAAAAACACGGUAACGUUUUCUGCCUACGCCGGUGAGAGCGACAUCUGCCCCCGAGCGAGCACGCUCAACUUCCACGAGGUGCGCUUCAACAACGUCAGCAUCCAGGUGAACUCGGAGAACAUGUACAGAGUGACCAGCACCUUCUUCCCCCCGGAUCCUGAGGCCAUGUCUGAAAUCUGCCAGAAUGGCUACAUUGAUGCUCUCCGCUUCCUGCAAGAGAACAAUCUGAUCGGCGGUGAGUGUCCAUUGAGAAGUUUGGAGACGGACUCACCCAGACCUGCUUGUUGUGAGCUGGUGAAGGCGCGGGCGGAGGCCGAGGAGUCCGGCGAGAAGGCGCAGCAGAGCGGACUGAAACCCCCCCAGGAAGAGCACUUUUGGCUGGAUCCACGGCUCGUAGAGAGCCUCCCAGCUAACAUCAGAAAGGCGUUGUGCGAGGCCUGUCGAGAAUCGCAUUCUGCUGAUGGCCUGUGGUCCCAAGUGGCCGGGUACCUGCCAAAGAAUGUGACCUCCUACCUGCAGAUCCCCCGUUCUCUGCCCGUUGGGUCGGCCUACUCUCUAGCCCACAGACUGGUGGGUUGGAUCCCAAAUGUGCCCAAGGACAUGAGCUGGCUCUAUGGCAUGGCUGGAGACAUAUACAAGCAAGCCUGGAGGGACAGGGUGGAGGACAAGGACAGGGAACCACCUCUGCGCAGAUGUACAAGCCUGCCGUUAGGCCUGAACCUGUGCAAUGACAGAGAAGAAGACACAGCAACUCUCCCGAUGACCCCAGAAGCCACUCCCACCUCCAGCCUCACCUUCGCCUGGAACACACACAGUGAGGCGGACCACACGCCCCUGACUCCACCCCCGACGCCCUCCUUCAGCUCCGCCUCCGGCUUUGGGGAAGCCGCCGAGGGGCCGCCACCUAAAAGUGCCGGUGGAGGCUGGGUUUUUGGCAGAGCUGCGGGGUGGAUCCGAAACAUUGCAUUCGAUCCAACCUCGAGCUACAAGAAAACCGACGAUUCGUUGUCCUCUUCUGAAUUCAAGUAAACGCCGUUAAUGUUGCACUGACAGAGAAGUGAAUGAAGAUGUUGAAUAAAU